AUGGCAAAACAGGAGCGUAAAGUUACAUCAGACAAGGCUGAGAAGCCCAAGUUCUCACAUUUUCUCACCUCGCCCCUUGUAACUGUCACCGUUGCCAAGUCGAGAACGUUCUACCUCCAUUUCGACCUUCUCGUUGCCGAAUCGGACGAUUUCCACAAUAGUCUGACGGGAAAUUUUAUGGAAGCGGAGAAGAAAGCGAUUGAAUUGGAGGAAGAAGAUCCCGAGCUUUUUGGAUUUUUUGUCGAAUACCUUUACUGCAACCAAUCGAUUCUUUCCCGCGAGGUCGAGCAUUACUCCAACUACGUGACACUGGCACGCCUCUACGCCAUGGGAGAACGCCUCAUGGCACCAAAGUUCAAGGCCUAUACUUUGUGGAGAUUUACCCAGCGACUAGGUACCAAUGCAGGUAUCUCAGACGAAAGCGUUUGUGAACUGCUCCGGAUUGCGUGUGAGGAAAUCACAGAGAGAGUCAGAGAAGACCCUAUGAGGGCUCACAUAUUCUGGUAUGCAGCGAGCCAAAUCACAAAGCUCCAAAAGUCUACCAUGUUUCGUUAUCUGUUGUGCGACACUCCGGAUCUGGGCAGGCACAUGUGCUUAUGGGUGGGCCGAAAUCAACCAGAAAAACUAGACAUGCCAAAUGAGCUCAAAUACCAGAAGUUUGCGCCAGAGAGCGAGUACCCCCUACAACGCUACUCCGAGGCAGCCCCAAAGGAUGAAUGAUUUGUAGUUAGAGCAGGUCACAAUUGCUUUGCAGGAGAAGAAAACAUAAGGUAGUUUGUCUGUUUAUGAGAGUUGGAGUAGGAAAUACAUUUUUCAAGUUG